AUGUUGUUCUCCAUAUCCGAGUCCAAACGGAGCCAUGAACUUCGAGGGUCUGGAGCCGGGGCUGGGGGAUUACCCGCCCCCCUGGACCCCGCCCUGCUGCAGAGCGUGGAGCUGGAGGCCGAGGGCGUGAGGCUGGAUGCCAUGACGGUGCCCGAUUCGCUGCACCUGGUGGAUGGCAUGUACUCCGAGGCCCACAGGGUGGCAGCCGAGGUGGGGGUUCCCAUCACCGCCGCACACUUUGACCUUCAGGACGAGCUGCUUUGGGUGGGAAACCAUGGGGGCCACGCCACUUCCUUCUUCGGCCCCACGAUGGAGAGGUUCUCCUCGUUCCAGGUCAACAGCACCGAGGAGGUGCGUCAGGUACAGAGCAUCGAGAGCGGCGUGCUGUUCCUCAACAAGAACAACCUCAAGUGCUUCACCCGGGGUGGCCUCAUCAUGUUCGACUAUGUGAUGGAUGAGGCUGAGGACAUGCACAGUUUGCUGAUGCUGACCGAGAAUAACAGUGUGUUGUUGGGUGGCCUUCAGAACCACGUUAUUGAAGUGGAUUUAAAUACGGUUCAGGAGAGUCAGAAGUACUCAGUGGAGGUUCCUGGAGUCACCAUCAUACGACAGUCCAACCGCUUCUUCUUUUGUGGCCACUCGUCAGGAAAGGUAUCUCUGCGGGAUCUGAGGACCUUUAAGUUGGAGCACGAGUUUGAUGCCUACUCAGGCAGCCUGUCUGACCUUGACGUCCAUGGGAACCUUCUGGUGUCCUGUGGCUUCUCUAACCGCAUGAACGGCCUGUCCUGCGACCGUUUCCUCAUGGUGUACGACCUUCGCAUGAUGAGAGCCAUCAGCCCACUGCAAGUUCACAUCGAUCCCCUCUUCCUGCGAUUCAUCCCCACCUACACCUCCAGGCUGGCCAUCAUCUCACAAUCAGGACAGUGCCAGUUCUGUGAGCCGACGGGCCUGGCGAGCCCGGUGGACAUUUUCCACGUGAACACGGUGGGGCAGUUAGUGAUGUCAUUCGACGUGUCGUCCAGCAAACAGGCGCUGGUGUUCGGAGACUCCGGGGGCUGUGCCCACCUGUGGGCAGAUUCACCCAACGCCACCUUCAAUGCCUACUCCCGAGAGACAGAGUUCCCCAUGCCCUGCAUGGUGGAUUCACUGCCCAUCCUGGACUGGAACAAUGACCUCCAGCCUCUGGCCCUCAUCCCCGUGCCUCUCAUCAGUGAGACCCUGCUGUCUGACUGGCCCUCAGCAAACUCCAUCGUCACACCCAGGCGUGCCCCGCCGGUCGAUCUGGAGAUCCUCCGCACCAUGAAGAAGGUCGGCUUCAUCGGCUACGCCCCCAACCCCCGCACCAAACUCCGCAACCAGGUUCCUUAUAAGCUGAAGGAGGUGGAGACGGAGUUUGACAGUUACAGCCAAGUUCCGGAGUCUCCCAUUGGGAGAGAGGAGGAACCUCACCUGCACAUGGUCCCAAAGAAAUACCGAAAGGUGACGAUAAAAUAUUCCAAGCUCGGUCUGGAAGACUUUGACUUCAAACACUACAACAAGACGCUGUUUGCUGGGCUGGAGCCGCACAUUCCCAAUGCUUACUGUAACUGUAUGAUUCAGGUGCUCCACUUGUUGGAGCCGAUCCGUUGCCACGUCCAGAACCACUUGUGCCAGAAGGAGUUCUGUCUGGGCUGUGAGCUGGGUUUCCUCUUCCACAUGCUGGACCUCUCGCGAGGAGACCCCUGCCAGGCCAGUAAUUUCUUGCGUGCUUUCCGCACCAUUCCCGAGGCCUCAGCUCUGGGGCUGAUCCUGGCUGAUUCGGACGAGGCGACCGGGAAAGUGAACCUGGGCCGUCUGGUACAGAGUUGGAACCGUUUCAUCCUGACCCAGCUUCACCAGGAGACACAGGAGCAGGAGGGGCCCCAGGCCUAUCGCAGUGUCAUGGGCAGUACCUUUGGAUCCUCUGGGGAGUCGGCCAUUGGGAAGCUGUUUGGCUGCGAGGUAGAAAACUGCAGCACCUGCCGCUGUGGGAAGGAAACCGUCCGGGUCUCGUCCAGUCUCCUCUUCACUCUGCAGUACCCGGACAUGAGCUGCAAGCCUAUACGUCAGUACGAGUUUGCUGAAGUGCUGAAGAGAAGCAUUUGCCUCGAACAGAGCACCCAAGCCUGGUGUGAGAACUGUGAAAAAUACCAGCCAACAGUCCAAACCAGGAAUAUCCGAUGUCUCCCUGAUGUUCUAGUUAUAAACUGUGAAGUUAAUAGCACGAAGGAGGCUGAGUUCUGGAAAUGCCAAGCUGAGUACGAGUUCCACAACAGAAUGAAGAAGGAGAAUUCUGAGGCCAUUAAAAUGAAAGAGAGUAACCCUGUAGAAUGGGAAGCCUUGUGCAACGCCGAGGGUUUAAACUUCUUCACCUCCAUGGAGGAAAUGAAGCACAUCUGGAUUCCGUUCUCCAUCAAAAUGAAGUUGAACAAAAACAAGAAGCUGGAAGUCAACAACUGGAACGAGAAGGAGGAAUGUGAUGACGAGGAGAACACCUUCCUGUAUGACCUGGUGGUCACUGUUGCCCACGUGCUGGAUCCUCGGACGGGAGGAAACCUCGUGGCUCACAUCAAAGUCGGGGAAACGUACCACCAGCGGAAAGAGGGUGUGACUCACAAGCAGUGGUAUCUCUUCAAUGAUUUCCUGAUCGAACCGAUUGAUAAGUGUGAUCCCGUGCAGUUUGAUUUGAGUUGGAAGAUUCCCUGCAGCCUGUACUACGCCAGACGCAACCUCAACUCCAGGCACGACUUAACCAUAAAGAACCCGAUUGAAGCCAGCGUGCUGUUGACCGAGGCCUCACUGGCCAGGAAACAGAGGAAAUCUCAUGCCACCUUCAUCCCCCUGAUGCUGAAUGAGAUGCCGCAACGAAAUGACCUGGUGGGGCUGGACGCAGAGUUCGUCACAUUGAACCAGGAGGAGGCGGAGCUCCGGAGCGACGGGACCAAAUCCACCAUCAAACCCAGCCAGAUGUCGGUGGCCAGGAUCACCUGCGUCCGGGGUCAGGAGAACGAGGGCGUCCCCUUCAUCGACGAUUACAUCUCCACACAGGAACAGGUGGUGGAUUAUCUAACCCAGUAUUCGGGGAUCAAGCCUGGAGACCUGGACGCUAAGAUCUCCUCCAAACACCUGACCACCCUCAAGUCCACCUACCUCAAGCUGCGAUUCCUCAUCGAUGUGGGCGUACGCUUUGUGGGCCACGGGCUCCAGAAAGAUUUCAGAGUCAUCAACCUGAUGGUUCCCAAGGAGCAGGUGAUUGACACCGUGUAUCUGUUCCACAUUCCUCGCAAGAGGAUGAUUUCGCUGCGGUUCCUGGCCUGGUAUUUUCUUGAGCUGAAGAUUCAGAGUGAGACCCACGACAGUAUAGAGGACGCCCGCACAGCGCUGCAGUUGUACCGUAAAUACCUGGGGCUGAGCAAGAACGGCACUGACCCGGACGAGUUCCGCCGGGUGCUCAAGGGCAUGUACGAGAAGGGCCGCAAGCUGGACUGGAAGGUUCCGGAAGCCGACGGGGACGUCCACAGCAGCCCCAAAAGGCUGCGGUGACUGAAGAGAUGGGAAUGAACUCGCUGACCCUCGGAGCUCAGGGACGUGUGUCUGGCAAGCCUUCGAGAAGGAAAAAAAGGGUUUUCGUGUUUUUUUUAACGGGUUGUGGAAGAGACCUCGAAAGAUCGCAAGGAUUUCCUCAAACCUCCUACCUUCCUGAGAGAGAGAGAGAGAGAGAGCGAGCGAGAGAGAGAGAGCGAUAGAGAGAGAGAGCUCUGACCUGCUUCAGGUAAAGAGAAGUCCAAGCUGCCUGUCUGCACACUGAGCUGUUGCUCCCUGAGC